AUGGUACAACAGGGAAACAAGACUAUGCCCGAUGCCGGUCCCGACAUAUCUCUCCACGAAACAAGCACUUUAGAUCCUAUACAAUCCUUUCUCAGCCGGCGUGAUUCGGGGGAUCCCGACCCAUUUGAAUACGGCGGAGAUGCCUUCAUGCAAGCUGUUCGAGACGGAGACAUAGAAACCGUGACCGGUUUUAUUAGGAAAACAGACAAGUUCAACCCAUUCUUUGUGUGCGAUCUACAGGAUGCACUAUUGGAGGCUGCAGCACAGGGCCGCAACGAUAUAGUACGACUCUUGCUGGAUGAAGGUGUGACACUUGAUUCGGUAAAGCUGUGUUACCGCUGGGAUAGGGAUGUCACCUUAUCCCGGUACGAGAAAGGCUACCCGGAGAAACACUGUGGAUGCAGAGGAACGGCACUGCAAGAAGCUUCAAGAAUAGGGAGUCUAAGCCUAGUUGCUUUCUUAUUGGAACGUGGGGCCGACCCGAACUUUGAGCUGAUCCCCCAUGUUGCAGAAACAGCUUUACAGCGUGCGUCUGGAGGUGGAUACGCUGGGGUCGUAGCGGUUUUGAUAGAAGCAGGCGCGAGGGUCAAUGCCGAAGCUGCUCCUUAUUUUGGGAGAACAGCGCUGCGGGCCGCGGCCGAGGGCGGGCAUGCGGAGGUCGUAGCGAAUCUGUUGAAGGCAGGCGCAGAUGUCAACGCCCAACCUGCCCGCUAUGGUGGUAGAACAGCGCUGCAGGCGGCAGCUGAGGGCGGGCAUGCGGGGAUCGUAGCGAGUCUGUUGAAGGCAGGCGCAGAUGUCAACGCCCAACCUGUCCGCUAUGGUGGUAGAACAGCGCUGCAGGCGGCAGCUGAGGGCGGGCAUGCGGGGAUCGUAGCGAGUCUGUUGACGGCAGGCGCAGAUGUCAACGCCGAUCCUGCUGAUAAUGGUGGUAGAACAGCGCUGCAAGCGGCCGCGGCGGGAGGGCAUCUGGAGAUUGUAGAGAGGUUGUUGACGGCAGGCGCAGAUGUCAACGCCGAACCUGCUUUUUUUGGUGGCAGAACUGCUCUCCAGGCUGCGGCUGAAGAGGGGCACGCGGGGAUCGUAGCGAAUCUGUUGACGGCAGGCGCAGAUGUCAACGCCCAACCUGCCCGCUAUGGUGGUAGAACAGCGCUGCAGGCGGCAGCUGAGGGCGGGCAUGCGGGGAUGGUAGCGAGUCUGUUGGCGGCAGGCGCAGAUGUCAACGCCGAUCCUGCUGAAUCUGGUGGUAGAACAGCGCUGCAAGCGGCCGCGGCGGGAGGGCAUCUGGAGAUUGUAGAGAGGUUUUUGACGGCAGGCGCAGAUGUCAACGCCGAACCUGCUUUUUUUGGUGGCAGAACUGCUCUCCAGGCUGCGGCUGAAGAGGGGCACGCGGGGAUCGUAGCGAGUCUGUUGACGGCAGGCGCAGAUGUCAACGCCGAACUUGCUUGUCUUGGUAGAACAGCGCUGCAGGCGGCAGUUGAGGGCGGGCAUGCGGGGAUCGUAGCGAGUCUGUUGAAGGCAGGCGCAGAUGUCAACGCCGAACCUGCUUGUCUUGGUGGUAGAACUGCUCUCCAGGCGGCAGCUGAGGGCGGGCAUGCGGGGAUCGUAGUGAGUCUGUUGACGGCACGCGCAGAUGUCAACGCCAAACCUGCUCAGGAUGGUGGUAGAACAGCGCUGCAGGCGGCAGCUGAGGGCGGGCAUGCGGGGAUCGUAGCGAGUCUGUUGAAGGCACGCGCAGAUGUCAACGCCGAACCUGCUUAUGGUCGUGGCAGAACUGCUCUCCAGGCUGCGGCUGAAGAGGGGCACGCGGAGAUCGUAGCGAGUCUGUUGACGGCACGCGCAGGUGUCAACGCCGAACCUGCUUAUGGUCGUGGCAGAACUGCUCUCCAGGCUGCGGCUGAAGAGGGGCACGCGGAGAUCGUAGCGAGUCUGUUGACGGCAGGCGCAUAUGUCAAUGCCAAACCUGCUCCUGAUGGUGCUAGAACAGCGUUGCAGGCGGCAGCUGAGGGUGGGCAUGCGGGGAUCGUAACGAGUCUAUUGGCGGCAGGAGCAGAUGUCAACGCCGCUCCUGCUCGCAGUUCCGGUACAACAGCCCUACAGGCGGCAACUGAAGGGGGGCAUGUCAAGAUUGUAGCCAAUCUCCUAUCACUAGGACCAAGCAAGAGGCAUGUUGAAGCCCUUGACGCUUCGCCUGACACGGAUUCACAGGUCCAGCAACUUUCAGUUCUGAAAGAUAACCUCUCAGCUGUUGAUCCAGACAAAUGUCUAAUCUGGAGCAUUGCACAACCCAAGGUCCUUCAGCUCUUACUGCACGCUGGAAUGGACACCUCUGUCUUAUCUACGGACGGCUCAAGUCCUUUGCACUGUUCCGUGAAGCAAAAAAACAUUCGCUCCGCCGGGCUUCUCCUACUCUCUGGAGUCAAAACAAAUAUCCGCGACCAUGAUAAUCUUACUCCUUUUGAUCUUUUACUAGGAAGUCAGACAUUCUUUCGACCACAAUGUUUACGGAUCUUCCUAUGGCUAGGCUGUGAGAUCAGAGGUCGUCCAAUCCAAUUAUGGCACGAAGCAUAUAACCAACCCGCACCCAAGCAUUUCUUAACCCUAACCGCUCUACAAAUUCCGCAUUCAAGUAGGAUUCACGUCCUUUCCAAGGGACAGACACAUCCUGCUACCAAUGGUGAGCGGCUUCAGUCAGGUAAAUUGGGAAAGACGUCAAUUCAAAUUACAUCUUCCGACGACCUACCUGACGUGGAAUGGGGUGAUCGUAGGAGUCUUCAUCAUUCAGGAAGAGAUCUUGAAGAAAUAUUGCGAAAGCCUAGGCAGAUAGUGGUAAAUACGUAUGAAAGACAGUUCUAUGCGGUGGUAGAUGUACGGACCGAAAAGAAGGCAACAUGUAUGAGACAGUGGGGAUGGUGUCGGGUAAUGAGUCGAACCAUAUAUAAAGACCAGGUCGGAAUCGGCCUUCCCUCUCAUCUAAAAAUGGAUACCACAGAGUUGGCUGGAGCAUUUUUAACCUGCUCUGUAUCAUGUGAUUACCUGAUCCAAAUUGGUGGACAGGGCAAGAAACCCGACGACCUGGCCAACGCAUUCAAAGUAACCGCAAAGAAAAGCACAAUAUCCUGGGUCAUGCAAAAGCCGGGCACAAAAAAAGACCAAGACUUUAGACCUAUACUACGCACAAUAGAUCUCGUCAGUACUUUAGAUAUAGGGUGGGUGCCAGAGGACGCUGUCGAUUUCUUGAACUCCUACAUAGUUGGUUUACACAAGAAAUGGAGGAUCCUCCUUGAGGAAGCAGACAUACAUCUAGAUAAUAGCAGAAAGAUACUUUUAAAGAAACAGGGGAAAAGCGCAGGAUUUAUUGAGGUCCUCCUGCUGGAUGCUCAAACAUGGAGCGAAUCCCGUUCUCUGUUGCAGACCCAGGUGCGAACUGCGAGGGAUAUCUUAACCGACUUCCUCGAAACGAAAUAUCUGCAAGAUGAGAUUGUCGAUGCUGUAGCUGCGCUGUUCAAGCUUGCAGAGGCAAUUAACAAGAUGGAAGCGGAGGUACUAAAGGAGAUCAAGGAUUUGGAUGAUAAAACGCAGAAGAUGAUCGAACUUGAGUUCAAUCUGGUCUCGAUUUAUGAAAGUCGAACCUCAAAGGAGAUGGGUAUGAGUAUGAAGCGGCUGAGUUGGAUCACGUUUACGUUCUUACCAUUGAUGUUUGUCACGUCGCUGUUUGGGAUGAAUAUAAAUAUCAUAAAUGGUGGGCCCAAGUGGACAUGGGUCAUCAUUCUUGUGAUCGAUGAAUGGAUCCAAGAGCAUAGAGAACAAGUGAACACUGCAAACCUAAAGGGGAACACGCAUCCAAAGUCAUACGGAUGGGGUUUCUGGCGGAACGAAGCAUAUAAUGAGGAUCUAGAAUCAGGAGGCACAUUUCAGUUCACCCGUCCCGAGAGGAGAUGGACCUCGAAGUUGAAAGAUCAUUAG